AUGAGCUGUUAUUCUUUCCCAGUGACAGAACCCAAUUUUAUGCAACAACAGAUACAAAGUCCCCUCAAUGUCUACCUCAACCAUCUUCAAUUUCUUCAACACCAACAGAAUCUUAUCCACCAAGCUUCACAACUUCAACAAAUGAGCAGUCAGAUCCAUCCAUCUUUUCCCCUUAUUAAUCUUCAAGGAAUGGGAGUCCCUCCGUUCUCUUCUAUGUCUUCAGUGAUCCCGAAAAUACCCGAAUCUUCAGAGGGAAAGAAAUUCGACUUUCACAAACUUGCCGAGUCCGCCACAGUCGAUAAGACAGUAGUCAAGAGGAAAACGAGGCCAAAGAAGCAACAUAUUUGUAGAUUUUGCAAACGAAAAUUUACAAAGAGUUAUAAUUUGAUGAUCCACGAACGAACUCAUACAGACGAAAGGCCUUUCAAGUGCGAUAUUUGUCAGAAAGCUUUUAGAAGACAAGACCAUCUUCGAGAUCACAAAUACAUUCACGCGGCCGAAAAGCCGUUCAAAUGCAAGAUCUGCGGUAAAGGAUUCUGCCAAGCUCGGACUCUUCAUGUUCAUAUGAACAAUCAUAAGAAAGAAACGUCAGAAGAUGAUGAUGUUCUUAUCAAUAUUUCUGAUUAA